UGGCAGCAGUCGUGUUCACAUUGGAUAUGAACAAGACAUUUGUUUCGAGUAAAUAAAUAUGCGCUUCUGAAAAAGUCAUUCUGAUCAGGUACCAGUCUUGCACGGGGUCAAUUAUUCUUGUGAAGUUUGAGAGAGUUGGAUCUUAAGAUUGGGAUUAUACGUAGAUUCGUUUUGAUCUGUCGCAGAGUGAGAAUGCUAAGACUCUCUUGCUUUUGAGUUCGCUGACUAGCGACAAAAGGAUGCAGAGCCUAUUCGUUGAAUGCAAUACUUCUGUGAGGAGCAUAAAAACAAAUCUGUGUGAUGAGAGGAAAAUCAUGAACGAGGGAGUGCCGUGAGAGAUGACCCUUUUAGAGGCCGACAAAGCCGUAUGGAGAAGCCUUCAUGAUCGCUGCUACUUGGUACGGACAGACAGAAGAAGACGAGGGAGAGAUGAGAAAAUGUCGAGUUCGCUCGAAAAUUCGCGAGACAUCAAAAAACGCUUUAUCGUGUAACCAGGAUGUAUUUGAGUAGUAUAUCGGGCAAACAAAAUUGGCUUCUUCAGGAAAAUCGUUUUCUCUCGCAUUUGUUAUAGAUACUCCGAAAAUAUUUUUUAUUUUAGUACGUAUUAUAUCAAAUUUAAUCCAAAAAAAAAAUCUAUAUUAUCUUCUAUUCAUCGCGUUUCGAUUCGGAUAGUCUAAAGCUUAGUAUUGUCAGAACGACCGUUCGAGUAGUUGUGUCUCGCUUUUGCGACAACAGAAAACAAAAUGGCUGACCAGCUUACCGAAGAGCAGAUCGCCGAGUUCAAGGAGGGUACUGCUUCCUAAUGAAAGUCAGUUGAUAAAUCCAUGCAUGACCGCUAUGAGUUGUUGGUCUUCUUGUACGGGAAAAAUGGGGGAUCAUUAUGAACAGGGCACCUGACUUUCUCGCCAAAGAUUUUUCUUGAAUGUAAACCAAAAGUUGGAAGCUUAUUUCAUGUGCGUGUUUCCACACAAAAAUCACUCUCAAACACUUCAGCCUUCUCCCUGUUCGAUAAGGAUGGCGAUGGAACUAUCACCACGAAGGAACUCGGAACCGUCAUGCGAUCGCUCGGUAAAGUCUAUCAUAUUAUCCCACUUGUAGUUUAAUGUUAGGGGUGUAUUAUUUCCAAUAACACGGAAGGAGGGAUGAUCUUGUGAAAAUUUAGAAAAUUUAGAUUUCUGUUUUUCGAUAUAAUUUCGGGUGAACAGCAUCACUUUGUACUUACUCCCCAUUCUACCAAAAUCAGGUCAAAACCCGACUGAGGCAGAAUUGCAGGAUAUGAUCAAUGAGGUCGAUGCCGAUGGCAACGGAACCAUUGAUUUUCCAGAGUUUUUGUCGCUCAUGGCUCGUAAGAUGAAGGAUACGGACACCGAGGAGGAGCUCAUCGAGGCCUUCAAGGUACUUCAGUUUGCAUCAGACAAAUUUAAAUACUACAUUGAUGUUGUUGUUGAUACUUUGUUAGUACGAGCAUGUAGAGGUUAGUUUUCGAUGCACGUGCAGGUAGGAGUAGUAAAUAAUAGACACGAAGAACUAAAAUCUAAAAUCUGAUCCUCGGAUCGUGAUGGUCUUCACGAAAUCUAAAUUAUACUGUAGGUCUUUGAUCGCGAUGGAAACGGUUUCAUUUCCGCGGCCGAGUUGCGACACGUGAUGACCAACUUGGGUGAGAAGCUCACUGACGAGGAGGUCGAUGAGAUGAUUCGCGAGGCGGAUGUUGAUGGUGAUGGUCAGAUCAACUACGAGGAGUUCGUCAAGAUGAUGAUGGCCAAGUAA